AUGUCACAUCGGCCAGAAUCUCAGGGCUCCGAACAAGAAUGGGCUACACUACUUGAUGGAGGUGCAUUGUACGCAAGCCAAAUGGGUAAUGUCUCGGACGCUAGGGCAAUGGCAUCAAAAUCAAGGGAACAGAGAGUGGUAAUAUUUGGUGUAGAUGGCGAAGAAACCAUCGAUAGCACUGCAAUGUUAGCCAACAUAUAUUGGCUGGAAGGCAGAUGGGACGAGGCCGAGAAGCUCCAUGCGCAGGUGAUGAAGACGUGUAAGAUGAAGCUCGGCGACAACCACCCCGACACCCUGAGGAGCGUGGACAACCUGGUCUUGAUCUACUCGUACCAGGGCCGGUGGGAAGAGGUCGAGAAGCUCCAGGCGGAGAUGGUGGAGAUGAGCAAGACCAAGCUCGGCGACGACCACCCCGACACCCUAAGGAGCAUGGAUGACAUGGCGUCUACCUACACGAAUCAGGGCCGAUGGGAAGAGGCCGAGAAGCUACAGGCGAAGGUGAUAGAGACGAGCAAGACCAAGCUCGGCGACGACCACCGUGAUACAAUGGGGAGCAUGAACAACCUUGGGUUGAUCUACUGGAAUCAAAAGCGAUGGGAAGCGGCCGAGCAGAUCCAGGAGGAAUGUACUUUCAAUGGAAUACAAGGUUUAUCUCUAUAG